CAUUGUUCUAACCUCCCUCCGACCCCUGUGACGCCUUCAACAUGCCUGUAGUCAAGGGGGGUGUCUGGACCAAUAUAGAGGAUGAAAUCCUCAAAGCCUCGGUGUCGAAAUAUGGUCUAAAUCAGUGGGCGCGGGUCUCGUCCUUGUUAGCACGAAAGACACCGAAACAAUGCAAGGCAAGAUGGACAGAAUGGCUGGAUCCAGGUAUUCGCAAGAUCGAGUGGUCCAAGGAAGAGGACGAGAAGUUGUUGCACCUGGCGAAAGUGAUGCCAACACAAUGGCGCACAAUCGCACCUAUCGUCGGCCGAACUGCCACUCAAUGUCUUGAGCGCUACCAGAGACUCUUGGACGAGGCUGAAGCCCGCGAGAAUGAUGAGCUUGGACUUGGGGGACCAGAGGGUGGCGAAACAGCUGCACCUACUGGGGACCAGGUCCGAAGACUACGGCCAGGGGAGCUGGAUCCGGACCCUGAAUCCAAGCCUGCGAGGCCCGAUACCAUCGACCUCGACGAGGACGAAAAGGAGAUGCUUAGUGAAGCAAGAGCACGUUUAGCAAACACACAGGGAAAAAAGGCGAAACGAAAGGCUCGGGAAAGACAACUGGAAGAGUCUCGUCGGUUGGCUGUGCUCCAGAAGCGCCGUGAGUUGAAAAAUGCAGGCAUCAAUAUCAAGAUUACAACUCGCAAGAAGGGUGAGAUGGACUACAAUGCAGAUAUACCGUUUGAGAAACAAGCUGCGCCUGGUUUCUACGACACUCAGGAAGAAGAGGUCAAGAAUGAGAGGGAACGAGAAAUGUUUGAUCCUAGGAAACAACAACUUGCGAGAAAGAGACAAGGGGAUCCUGAAGACAAUCUUGACUCCAAACGACAGAAGCAAGGAAAGGACAAUUCAUCCUCUGCAGCUAUGGCUGCUGCUGCCAAAGCUGGUCAGAUGCAACGGAUUCGUGAAGCCGAGCAGCGAAGCAAGCGCAGAGCACUGAAUCUGCCAGCUCCUCAAGUCAGCGAGGGCGAACUGGAGGAGAUUGUCAAAAUGGGCAUGGCAGGCGAUAGAGCGAUAAAAGCCGCGGGAGAGGAUGGUGAUGAUGAUCGUGGCCUAGUGUCCAGUUACUCGAAUAUGGUCGGUGCUACCCCCAUUCGAACUCCUCGAGCGCCGGCACAAGAAGAUCAUAUCGCAAAUGAAAUCAGAAAUAUCCGAGCCAUGACUGAAACACAGUCGUCUCUACUUGGUGGCGAGAAUACACCCUUGAUUGAGGGCACUGGAUCAACAGGGUUUGAUGGCAUCGCUCCACGAAGGAACGAGAUGGUGACGCCUAAUCCUAUGGCGACACCUUUCCGUCAAGGAGGACCAGGCGGUCAAAUUCCUGGCGCCACCCCAUUACGCACGCCCAGAGAUAAUUUCACCAUCAACGAGAAAGGGGAACGACAACUAGUGAGCCAGACACCACGCGAUCUUCGGCUAGCUGAGAAUGCAGCAAAGCAUUCACUGAGGGCGAAACUUGCUUCGCUGCCCAGACCAAAGGAAACGGACUGGGAGCUCGAAGUAUUGCCAUCAGAACAAGAAGAGGCAGCAGCUCAGGCCAAGACCGAACGAGAAGACCAAGCCGAGAUAGACCGACGUGAGAAGGAAGCUCGGGAGGCUGCUGCAGCGGCCGAUUUCAAACGUCAGACCCAAGUCUAUCAAAGAUCGCUACCUCGACCGAGGAUUGUUGACUACAACUCCCUUGCUUCAGAAGCCUUGUCAAUAACCGACCCUAUUCAAGCGAUGAUUGCCGAAGAAGCCGCUCUAUUGAUGGCGCAGGAUGCGUUGGAAUAUCCACUCCCUGGCUCAAAGGUUCUCGGCAAGCCUCCAAAACUGACCACGAUAUCGGAUGAUGUCCUUGCUCAGGCCCGACAAGAAUUGGAAGAAGCUUGUGACGAGGCCGAACAGGAAUUGUACAUAUCUGCUGUCGAAGCUCUCUACUCUGGCAGCAGUGACCGUGACGCCCUCCCUCUGAGAUUCACGGACGAUACCACGCCUGAAGAAUACCAAGCUGCCUUCAAAGUAGCCAACAAGAAUCUGCUGGCGGCGGCUGAAGGUGGCAACAAGCUGGAGAAGAAGCUUGCGCUGCAUCUAGGAGGCUACCAAGCUCGACAGAAGACAUUGAAACAGAAGAUCACCAAUGUUUAUGCACAGAUUGAGGAACAACAAGGCCAACUAGAGGCUUUCAGAGCCUUGCAGAUUGGUGAGGAUGCGGGACUCGCGGUACAACUCGAGAGAUUGAGGGACGAUGUGAACCUGGUGAGCCGAAGAGAACGCGAAGCUCAAGAAGACUAUCGAGCUAUCAGGGACGAGUUACGAGAGCUGGAUUCUCAAAUCCCGUUGCCUGUAAACGGUGUAAAUGGCCAUGCUUAAAUUGUUUGGAGGGAUUACCAAGGUACCUAGUCAUAGUCAUGUAUUCUGAAAAAACCGCAAUGCGUACGGAAUACAAAAGUCCAGAGGCUUCGUACAAUGCUUUUCGACAUUGA